GCAGUUCCUAAUUUGAACUCGUCUUGAAAUUGUCACAUUAUUACCUGUGGUAAAAUAUGAGGAACACAGCUCUCAUUUUAAUUGUGUUAAUAGUUCCAGCGUUGCUUGCUGACAAAGGCAAGAAUUAUACCAAAGAAAAUGUUUGCCAAAAGCUCAAAGCCAUUGGAACUGAAAAAUUCAAAGAAAUGUUCAUUGUCCUCUACAGUCAAAAGUUCCCGAAUGGCACAUUCGAGGAGGUGAAUUGUGUGGCAGAUGAAAUGACCAAGCUUGCAGAAAAAUGCUGCAAAGAUGAUGCCAGUCCUGACUGCUAUGAUAAAGGAGCUACAGAGAUCUCUGAGAAGUCAUGCGGAAAUGACUCUCCAUUCCCCAAACAUCCAGGCAUUGAGCAGUGCUGCACACUUCAGGGUCAUGAGAGGAAACUGUGUCUGGCUUCACUACGGUAUUCUGCAGAUGAGCUGCCAUCACUAAUUGAGCCCACAAAUGAGGAGAUCUGCUCUGAGUACACUCAAUACAAGAGUAACUAUUCUGUCAGGUAUGUGUAUGAGUUUGCCCGGAGGCACAGAAACAUCCCAGCAGGCUUUGUUCUUAAUGCUACUCAGCACCAUGUGAGAAUGGUAGAGAGAUGUUGUCACCCUGCUGUCAAGAUCUCUUGUUUUCUCGAAGAGAGACUCCAAAUGGGAAGCUCCAACAUUUUUCUGAGGUUUCUAUCCAAUGUUUGCAACAACCAAGUGAAUUUGAAAGCCUACAAAUUUGGGUUGUCUGUAUACUAUGGAAAUCUAGGAGUGUCCUUUGAAGAUGCAUCAGCCAUAUCCAGUCGUUUCCAGUCUGGGCUUGAAAAAUGCUGUUUACAGCCCCAACCUGAAUGUAUAAUUGAAGAAUUAACAAGCUUUCAGAAAGUUCUCUGCAGUGAAUCCAAACUCAAUGCCAUGUCUGAGGAUUUCCGGAAGUGCUGCAGGAAACCUGCCCUGGAUACACUUCCUUGCUUGGAUGACUUGGAAAGACAAUCCCGUCAGCAGUCAAAUAUAACUGAUCCUGUUUCAUCCGAGCUCUGCGGCGAAGUUCAACCAAAUGGGAUUGACAGAUACUUGUUCCUGACUGGAGUAAAACACUCUUCUAUUUCUCUGCCUGUGCUGACAACCGUCCUCGAUCGAAUCAGGAACAUGGUAACAGCCUGCUGCUCAUCUGCUGACGUCACAUCGUGUUUAGUAGAGAAGGAGAGUACAUUGAAAAAGACUACAGCACUUCUGUCCAAGUUGGAUGACACUUGCUCGCAGUACUUCAAACCGAUACAGAGUGAGAGAGGAGAGACACAGGCAAAAGCAUGGGUUAACUUCACCACAUCCUGCUGUUCCAAGCAUUCCCCGGCACAACUGUGUCAAAAGCUGACAGAGGAUGUUAUUAAGUAUGACGACGAGACUGGCGUUUAAAGACUCGCUCAUCAAAGAUUCUUUUGAGCGCCAGCAAUUAUAUUGGAUGAAGAGAUCUUCUAAAUUCCCUCUCCAAUUUGAAAUGUCAUGUCUCUUGUCAUCUCAGAUGUUUUAUUCUUUAAAUAAACUUUCCACUUGCUUCAAAGACUGUU